GUAAGAUAGAAAAAAAGAGUGGAAGUUGAGUUAUUAAAGAGAAAAGAAAGAAACUGAUUUAGAAGAAAGAGAAGAUGAGAUUGAGGGUAUUGUGUAUUGAUGUAUAUAGUCUUACCGAUACAAUCAAUUCCGAACGGAAUCUUUUAACUUUUGUCAUCACACACCACCGGUAUAGCCAUCGCCAACUAACCAAACCACGAACAUUAAACCAGAAAAUUCAAGAAACCGAUUGUACCAACCGGUUAUUAAUCUAUCUAUCUCUCUUUUUCGCAUCACUUUCCCUCUCAUUCUUCUCUCUUAUCUCUCUCUCUCUCUCUAAUGCCUCGUGACUCCUAGUAAAUCACUUUAAACUCGCCGCGUUUCUCAUGAGCCUUCAUCACACUUAACCACAACCAAUCUCCUCCUCCUCCUCCUCCGCCAUGCCCUCACCGCAUGCCUUCCGCAACGGCGAAUCUCCGACUUCACGAGACCUCACUCACUUCCACUCCACCGUCGCAGCUCAGAAGCUCCGCCGCUUCAACUCCCUGAUCCUCCUCCUCCGCCUCGCCUCUUUCUCCUUCUCACUCGCCUCCGCGAUCUUCAUGCUCACCAACUCACACGGCUCCGGUUCGCCUCGCUGGUACGACUUCGACGCUUUCAGAUUCGCGUUCGUGGCAAACGCGAUCGUGGCGAUAUAUUCGGUGUUUGAAAUGGGAACUUGCGUUUGGGAGUUUUCUAGAGAGACAACGUUGUGGCCUGAAGCGUUUCAAGUGUGGUUCGACUUUGGCCAUGAUCAGGUUUUCUCCUACCUGUUACUGUCGGCAGGAUCAGCUGCAGCAGCACUAGCUAGAACGAUGAGGGGAAGUGACACGUGUACGGCUAAUAAAGUCUUCUGCUUGCAAUCAGAUGUAGCCAUUGGUUUAGGCUUUGCUGCUUUUCUCUUCCUUGCUUUCUCUUGUUGCUUCUCUGGGUUUCGAGUGGCUUGUUUCCUCAUCACAGGCUCUCGUUUUCACAUUUAGUGUUUGAUUCAUAAAAAGAAACGUUUCUUACAUUUGUUUGAUGCCAUAAAUAUAUGAAAAAUCAAUCAGGAAAAGAAGAUGAAAAAGUUGUUUGGCCAGGACUAUGAAGUCUCCCUACACACAGUUUUGUUGAAGAAUCAUUAAUAUUUAAGUUUUUG